CUUUGUUAGUAGUUUUGCUUCCACAGCAAUCUGCUUUUGUUUCAGGAGUGAAACUUUGGCAUUUCUCAGAGGAUACUGAUUAUUCUAUUUUGAAGUUUUUAUAACUUUUGUUAAAUAAACUUUUUAUUCAGGUGAUAAUUCUUCUCUUUUUUAUAUUGUUAAUUUUCCUCAAAUAGUAAGAGAUUCUUGAUUGUUUAGUCUGUUUGUAUAACAAUGCUCAAUCAGAAGCUUAAAAUGCAGUAAUUCCUGUGAUUGUGGGGAGAGCAGGAUGCGCGAUCAGACAGUGUGCCAAUCUUUCUAGAGUUGCUGUCAUUUUCUCGGGUUCACAGAUUAGCACUCACACUUGCAACCAUGGCCCAUCCCCCAGGGAAUUCCUACUUUGUUCAUUGCACAAGGCUUUCCCAAACUCCCUUGCAGACCCUCAUCACAGGAGAAGUUAUUUAUGCCAUGUUGUUCCAUCCCCUAUUACUGUUUUCUUCAUUGUCAUGUGACUUUUCUCAUUAUAAUAUCAUUAACAUGUAGAAGGUAUCGGUUAACUAGGGUAAAGGUGAGCAAUGUCUGCACAGGAUCUAGUCCCAUCAGAUGCUAUGCUGUGUUAGGUUGAACUCAGCUAUUUAUUGACUCAUCUCAUUCUGAUGGUCCCAAGAAUGAAAUCACUCUGCAGCCUCCUCCUUAUGACUUUGUGCUGGUUGUUCUUGGUAUCUCUCCUGAAUAUACUGGCUCAACUCAUUCUGUUUCUACUAAUAUAACAAAUAUUUCCAAAUCCUCUGACAGAAUGUCUUCUAUAUACAUUUUUCUCUUCUAAGACAGUUGGUUAGCUUUCUGCUCAGUAUGGACUCCCCAGUAAUUCUGAGGCUCAAAAGUGCUUAGGUGUUUUAAAGUCAGAUAAAAGGUCAGUGUGGCUGAAAUACAGUGAAUGAAGGAGAGAGUAUCAAGAAAUGGGAUUGAAGAAGUAGACAGGGGCCCAAUCAUGCAGGACUUCAGAGGACUGGAUAAGCAGUUUGUAUUUUAUCCUUAGUGCAAAGGGACUUAUUACCUGAUGCAUGUCACAGCCAGCUCUUCUUCCUAGUUAGCAUUGGGGCCGGGGACCAAUGAGGACUCCCUCUAGGAGGUGCCCUGCUGCACACAGUGGAUGGCAGAUCUAUAUCCAGGGUGCUCUAGGCAUCAGUCAGUGCUGUCACCAACCUUCAUUCUGUUUAUCUUCUGUUUCAGAGGUUGUGUUUUCGUCUUACCCUGGAUUUUCAACCUCAGAGGUGAAAACCAAAAUCCCAAAGGUGCCGAAGCAGCCUCUGGUGCUCCAUCACCCACAAGUGACCACAAACAAGUCUCCCUCAAAGGAUAUGCUAGAGCCAGAGGCAGAGCUGGCUGAAGAUCUGCCCACUACCAAAAGCACUUUUGUGGAGUCAGAGAUGCCCACUGAGAGUCUGGAAGGCCUUUCCCUGUCUCGCCGGACCUUCGUGCCACUGCCUCCCAUCUGCUCCGACUCCACUGUGCAUAGUGAAGAGACCCUGUCCCACCUCAGUGACACAGCUGUCCGUCUCAGCCCCGAGCACCCAUCAGAUGAGGACUCCAAGAGCACAGAGUCCAUCUUCCUGACCCAGGUGAGUGAACUGCCUUCCUCUAUCAUCCAUAAGGAUGAUUUAGAGUUGAAGGAGAAAGACCAAAAGAAACCACCAAUGGCACCCAGAGAGGUGAAAGUGACUCGGAGGAAGCUCACAACUGCCUCCCUUCCCAGCAAGUACCACGGCUAUGAAGAACUGCUGACAGCCAAGCCUGAUCCAGCCUUCAUUGAGCCAAAGGGAAUCCAGAAGAAUGCACAGGCCCUGCAACACAUGCUGAAGCACCCACUCCUGUGCCACUCCUCCAAGCCCAAGCUGGACACUCUUCAGAAACCCUAUGUUCCCAAAGAGAAAAGGGUAAACAUCCAGCUCACUGAGUGUGUAAAUGGCCCCUGAGUAACCCCCUCAGGUACAGAUGUGGCUGUCACCUUGGGACCCUCUGAGGGCCAUGCUUUCCCAGCACCCCCAGAUGCUCCUCAGCCUGUUGCUGUGACUAUAUGAAGUUAGGCUAGGAAAGUCUGUGCAUAAACCUGGGAUAACACCCUCCUCCAUGACCUUCUGCCAGGCCCAGAGGAUCCCGAUUCCACCCCCAAGGAAGACUAGAACCCAACUGCUGGAUGACAUCUUCAUUCGCUUGCGGGAUCCCCGGAACAUUACAGAGGCUCCACUAGGUAUGGUUCUGCCACAGCUGCCAGGAUCCCAGAUCCAGUUCACUCCUGCUGACUAAAGGCAAAGAAAGGGCUUGUGUCAGUGCAGGAAAGGCCCCUAGAGAGCAACUACCUACAUCAGUCUCUGUAUGUAGAUGGAGAAAAGGAGAGCCAGCAUGAGGCCUGGAGUUGCCUAAAAUCACAUAGCAUGUUAAGGUCUUGAACCAGAGCUUAAGAUAGAGUCAAGAGGGCAUACCACUGACUUCCUACUGCCCCAAGCUGGAAAGGCCAUUUUCAGCCCCUUAGCAUCCUCCUGUCAUGCCAUCCCACUUUCCAAGGGUCUCUGGACCCAAUCCUCUUGCUUCCGGCUGGGUGGGAACCAGGGUGAGCUUGGUGCCUCUCCUGGCUUCUUUUCCUGCAGGUGCUGUCCUGCACCGGCGGACAGAACGGCGGCUGGUGAACCACAAGCAGUACCUGGAGGCCAAGAGGCUGUUGAAGGAGUUCCAAGCACGUUACCGGCAGCUGGUGAGUGGCUCUCUGCGGACAGUGUUCGGGACCACCCCGCUUCCCCCAGCCUGCCCAGCGCUAAGUGAGAGUCAGCCCAAGUUCGGCCGCUUCCUCGAGUUCAUGGAUGAGUUCUGCCAGGAGCCCACAGCCAGUGACUCACAAGGCUAGGGCUGUGCAUGGGGGCUGUGCGCAUCAUCCAGCCUGUGCCUCAGCUCUCCCUAAGGGCUCUGUGCCCUGGACCGCACCUCGAGGUUGACCAGCCGGCCACAGGCCUCAGAGCUCAGCUGGGCCCCACUCGCUGGCCACAAGGUGGCCUCCCCUUGUUAGGAUCUCCCCUCCUUGGGCCAGGCAUGACGGGGUGCCUGGCCCAGCAGCAAUAAAGAAUGGGUGCACAGGGCAAUAGACUGGGUGCCACAUGCAUUCUUUCUUGGAACCCAGGCCACAGCAGCACUGUCACACUUCCCUCUAAAAAUGGUUUUCCAGUUCAGAUGCAACAGGGAUACAUUUGUUCUCUGUUGUAUAAGAAACUGACACCAGGGGGAUCUUAACAAAUUCCUGAACAAUGGCUCCAAAAAGGGUAUUUUUAGAAACCAGAUCUUUUGAGUACAACCCUAAUGUGCAGGGACAGUGUCAUCCUGUAUAUUCAUUCUUUACUCACACUCUUUCUUGGUUCCUUCAUUAGGAGCAUGAAUGGUUGAAUGUGAACAUGACAGUAAAUUGGAGCAAACUGUAAACUGGAGAUAACUUAUGCCAAAAGACACGGUUGUAUACCAUGGAAACUCCAUCCCUGCUCCUAAUCUUUACCGCCGUUCUGAAUACCAAAGCAAGACAUUCAACAUAGGGCAUUUCCCAGAGCACAUACAGCACCAACAAUCCACACACAGCUUAAGCUUAACCCAUGUUUUUGUCUGAGACUGUUCUCCAGAGACAAGACUCUGACUAGAAACAGAACAUCCACUUUCAUGAGUUUUCUUUACUGUAUUCUCAACUUGGGCCUCACCUCAAGCAGGCAAACAUACAUUGAAGAAUGCGCUUUGGUACUGUUUAAAUAACAACACAUCAGCCCACUUGAUUCCAUGCCAUGUCCUUGCUGACAGAAGCAUCUCCAACAGGGCAUGCCCUGGUCCAAGUCCUCUGUCUUUGUCAAAAUGUUCUUCUGAUGAGUUGGAGAGGAGGCAGCCAGCAGUGGCAGUCCACAAGGAUCCAGGUACCUUCUCCAAUCCUAAAGCAGACAGCAGGUUGAAUAAAACCAACACACAAUCUAUUUUCUAGGCAGGAGGGGAAAAGGCCCUUAGGACAACAAUAUUUGUACAAAGAGUUGAGAGUAAACAGUAUAUCAGGCUCAAAAAAAAAAAAACAAACAAACAAACAACUAUUUGUUGGCAUUUAAAUUUUUUUCCCUUGCAUAGUAUCUAUUCUCUCACUAGGACUUUUAAGUGCUCUGCUGGAGGCUCAGCGUUGGUAAUACCAUGUUUGAUACAAACUUGAACCCAAUGAGGAAGAACCCCUGCUCUCAUUGGUGGCACAGCUUUGGAGGGUGGUGGCCCCAACAAGGGGCAAUCUGCCUGCUGCUAUAUUAAUCUGGAACCAGGGCCAACAGCUACUCUUGAACUAUGGUAUUUGAAGAGUGAGUUCAUUGCCUGUUUUACCUUAUAUUAAAUGACAGGAAAGGAAGAUAAACAAACCUUGCUUUGCCUUGGCUUCAAACUAGUUCUUAAGACACCAGAAAGGGAGAGAGGGAGUCUGCUCAGCGUUUGAGGUUGCCUCUCACAAGAUGAUGGCUAAAAGUUGCCACCUUACUCAAAAGGCAUUACGGAGACAUUUACUCACAAAGGAGAGAGAGUAAAUUUUUUUCUUAGGAGGAAAAAAAUACUGAUAAUACAUAGAAUAAUCUGCACAUCCAGUCUUGGCACUUUUUCCUUCAUCUAAUUUGACUAAUCUCUAAACUGGUGACCCUUGCAUAUAUCUUAGUCUCAUUUCUAUGAUCUUCUUCCGAAAGCUACAGCGGAUAAGUCAUGUAUAAAGAUGCAUUUCCUAGAUCAUCUUCAGAAGAAAAAUCUCUUCAACACUUUCCCUAGAAUCUGCCCCACGACCACCCUGCCCCAGACCUGCUUUCUCUUUGAGAAUUCAUAACCAGCUAUGUUUAGAUACCAGUUCAAAAGACCACUCUAUGGGUUGAUGAGGAAAAGGGUGGCUGAGAACAAUUUAAGACCAGAGUGAGUUUCCAGUUUUUAAAGAAAAUUUGGCUAGCUGGCUUUUAAUUCUUAAUUAAAAUCAUUAAAUUAAAAUUAUUCCGAUCAAAAUACAUCACUCUCCAAGAUUCCACAUUCAUAUUACUUACUUAUACUAUGGAGACUUUCUCUACCUGAGCAUGUAUUCAGGGUCUAUAGGUAUAUUUAACUGAAAAAAUCAGGAAGAAAAAGCUAGUAAAAUAGCCUCCUAAAUCA